UACACUAGAUGGAACAUGAUUCCAGGCAGCUUCUGUCGCCAAGAGCAUCUACCUACCCCGACUUGCGUUUGGCGAGAGGGACAUGUGUAACAUUAGAAAAUCCGGGGCGGUAGCCCCCAGAUACAGAAGCAGGUAAGAACCAAUGAUAUAUAAAGGGUUGUGAGCUUCUGAUGUUCCGACUUUCUGCUCUGUAUACUUCAGCCUGUCCACAGCUGUCCUACAUUCUGCCCACUUUAAGUAAAUAUUCUGGCCUCUGAUAGAUAAGCCAUGGCUUCAUCGUUGGAGUGUGAAGUUAAACAGACGGUGGAUCCAGAGGGAAUGCCACCUCUAAGCCCAACACUAUCCUCAUUGAGCGAGGAUGCUGAAACCGUGACGGGAGCUCGACGGGAGGUCAACGAGGACGCUCUUUCUAUCCUAUCCAAAGAAUCUUGCCCAGACCACGCUGGGCGCAAGACAUUUACCGUCCCGAUCGACGAGCCAGCGAAGACGGUGUACGAAGCAUGGGCGGUUCUUGACAGCGGAGGCACCGUCGACAAAGUUGCCUGGAAGACGUUCUGUGGCAUCAAGUUCGGGGGUAAAUGGAAGAGCUACAACGACGGAUUCCUGACUAUCGAACCCCUGACAUCUUACGCCCAAGAAGAGUUGGCCGAACUGCACGAGAACGCUAUUCAAGAAUACGGUGCCAAGAGCUCUAAGAAGGGAAGAUCAUACGCCCAGGACCUCGCCAACCGAGUCUUCCGUCUCAAUGCGGGGGUGUAUAACCGAAUCCAGUUUGUCAUAAACAGCAAGCUCAGGUCAACAAACAAAACCCCAUUCCGCCGGCGUGACUGGCAAGUCGUAGUUCUCGAGGAGGGCGAGUUCCAGAUGACGGAGCUACUCCCGGAGCGCAAGAAAAAAGGCCUGUUGCGUCGCCGCCAAGAGAAACCGAUCGUGCUUAAAUACUUCAUCGUCCUCCGGGGCGAGGAGGUCAAGUCGGCGAAAGAGGGGGACGGCUGGCGGACGUUCAACCCUUACUCUAACCCCUGGUGGCGAGUUGAUGGGCAGGAAACCUAUGAGGCGCGCAGAAGUCAUCGCGAUCACGUAAAGAGAGUCGGCCAGGCACUCGGUGGGAGCCGUGGGCCUAUCGUUCGCAACGUGGGGAACAGGCCGAGAGUUUAACGUUCUACAUAGGUGUUAGAUGUUUAGAGCUGAGUCGAGUGAUGACACUUUCCGGUUUCUUCACUUUCAAAUGAUGCGACGAUACACAUGGAUGAUGCGAUGAGACGUAUGGAUCAGUUAUACGGGUUAUGGAACGAUAUGACGGGGCUACAGGUUUACGGUUUUACGAUUUCCAGUGUCGUUAGGUCAGGGGGAUUAGGGAUGUGUUUGGAGGAGGAUUAUGAAACUUUUUGCCGUGACCGUUCUAAAGUUGAGACAAGGUCCUUGGUGUUCAUCCCGUUUCUUUGUUCAUGAAUAGGAUGGUAUUUUCGAAAGGGUUCAUAUUAUUGCUAGGUGUAGGUACUUAAGGUACCCAAGGUA